AGAAGACAGGCUUGUAGCCAGAGUUUCCCCUCUUCCUCUCUGGCCAUGUGCCAAAGGCUCUGUUUCGGCCGUUUCACGGAAGUAAUUCUGGAAGCUCUGACGUGACCAAAUAAUAAUCGCCAUCUUGAGGAAGGAAACGCCUUGAAGAGGAAAGAAUUGAAAACAACUUUUUCCUUCUGACAAAGUUGAAUCCGUCAUCUUCACUAUGGGGAAUUUAUUUGCAAGUCUCUUUAAAGCAUUUGGCAAGAAAGAGAUGAGGAUCCUCAUGGUGGGUCUCGAUGCUGCUGGUAAAACAACUAUCCUGUACAAAUUAAAACUUGGAGAAAUUGUAACUACCAUUCCAACUAUAGGUUUUAACGUUGAGACAGUUGAGUACAAGAACAUAAGUUUUACAGUGUGGGAUGUAGGCGGUCAAGACAAAAUUCGACCGUUGUGGCGUCAUUACUUCCAGAACACACAGGGUCUUAUCUUUGUUGUGGACAGCAAUGACAGAGAGCGUGUGAACGAAGCCCGUGAAGAACUGAUGAGAAUGUUGGCAGAGGAUGAACUACGAGAGGCAGUCUUAUUAGUAUUCGCUAACAAACAGGACCUCCCAAAUGCUAUGAAUGCGGCUGAAAUCACAGACAAGCUGGGACUGCACUCCCUCCGCCAUAGAAACUGGUACAUCCAGGCCACCUGUGCCACCAGCGGAGACGGUCUCUAUGAAGGACUGGAUUGGUUGUCUAAUCAGUUAAAAAACCAGAAAUAGGCCUAAUCAUCCGCUGUCCUCCUCAACUCACAUAUACCGUUUUCACACUAUCCUGCCGACCCAAACCGUACAGUGGCUCGCUCGGAUGAUUUCCUUUCACAUGUUCCUUUCCAGCAAGGUUCUAGCAACUGUGGUAGAUGAGAACCAGGCCGAUGCAGUACAGCUCGACUUAGUAGUGUGAAAAGGGUAACACUAUCUUCUCUCUUCCCUUGUUUGUACUCUUCUGAUGUUGCAAAUUGAGAUACUUUUGUCAAAACGUACCUACUGGAAAGCUGCCCUCAUUUCUCAUCUCUAGUUACAACAAUACACCAUAUGGGCCAGGGGGGAUAAUAACCCAAUCAGGGUUUCUUAUUUAAUGUAAAUAGUCCAUUUCU